UACGAUCGGCAGUACUUAUAAAUGUUGCGACUUCCCCACGUCUCAGACGACAAAAAAUUACUGAACUUCAAAUAUCAUUCCAAGUUUCCAUUAGCGACAAAAAUAAUCAUAAAGAAAAAUUAAAAAAAGCCUUAGAUAACGGAAGCAUUACCUAUGAUGCGGAACACAUCCAGAAUAUCUUUUCAACCAAGAAAGAAUCUCAACCCAAUGUAAUCGAGAGUUGGCAGAAGCUCUAUCCCGAACUAUGCGGCGACAUCGAAGGUUGGAAGUACGCCUUCGUUGAUAACGAUAAUAGACCGACCUAUGAUAAGCGUCAGAUUUUCCCUAUCCAAAGAGGCAAAGUAAUGGUUUGUAUUUAUCUCGGUAUCUUUACCACAAGUAAGCCAGAUGUAUUGAAGUUUGUUCAUUUUCGUGCAAAAAUUACCGCAAAAGUUAGACAUUACGAGUUGCUCGGAAACUUUAGUAACAUGGAAAGGUUUUUAUUGUUCUUAUUUAGUGAUGGUGCUACUGAAAUAGCAAAUGUAUUUAGUAUAAUUUACAAUGCUCAUGAAGAAAGUAAGUAUACUAAGAUGAUCGAUCAAAGUGCUGAAAUCCUUGCUGCGUUAUAUUUGUCCGAAAAGUAUAAACAAAUUAGAAUUAGAUGGAAAUGA